AUGCUGUUGGAGGUUUGUAUCGACCGUGUGGAAUCUGCUAUUAACGCAGAACGUGGAGGAGCGGGAAGAGUCGAAUUAUGCGAUAAUCUCAUCGACGGAGGAACUACCCCCAGUUAUGGAAUGAUAAAAACGGUGAAAAACGCGAUUAACAUUCCUGUAAAUGUCAUUAUUCGUCCCCGAGGUGGAGAUUUUUACUACAAUGAAAACGAGAUGCAGAUCAUGAUCGAGGAUAUCUUGGCCUGCAAGAGUAUCGGAGUGAAUGGUGUUGUCAUUGGUUGCUUAACGAAGGACGGAAAGGUCGAUAUGGAGAAGAAUCGUCGCUUGAUUGAAGCUGCCAGACCUUUGAGUGUUACUUUCCAUCGCGCUAUCGAUAUGACGGUCGAUCUUCUCGAAGCGACUCGCGAUUGCAUUGCCUUGGGCGUGGAUCGCAUUCUCACUUCCGGAGGCUGCAACACGGUCAUGGAGGGCAAGGAAACCAUCAAAGAGAUGCGCAAAAUCGCAGAAGGCCGAUUGCAAAUCAUGGCUGGAGGCGGCGUGACAGCGACGAACAUCCGCGAGCUUGUUGAGUUCACGGGCAUCAAAGAAGUGCAUGGAAGCGCGCGCGAUUACGUGGAGAGCGAGAUGGAGUAUCGAAAGGAAGGCGUGUUCAUGGGCGGAGAGAAGAAGAACACACAGGAAUUGGAGUUCAAAUGGAAACAAACAAGCGAAGCGAUGGUGAAGCAGUUCGUUGGACAGAUCGCUGAUCUCUGCUCUCUUUGUUGA